GGCAAGUCUAUAUCUCUGGCUCUGUGUGACUGGAAACUGUUCAGACAUUUCAGUGCUUCUGGUGUGUAAAAUGUUGUUUCUGCUAUUGUGUGCAUGUUGGUUUUGCUUUUCUUAUGUUGAUUGGGUUUUUUUUAUUAGAUUUUUAGUACACAGACAGGCAUAUUGAGUAAUCACUUGCUCCAUUUGACUCAAUAUCAUAUGUUCCUUGUAACUUUUCUGUGCAAUAUCUGUGUGCAAGGAGAAGCUGUGUAUCUAAACAUAAGGAAACUGUUUGAGGAACAAAAGGAGCCAUAGUUGGAGAAAUUAUCUUUGCUAGUGACUGAUGGCAAGCAUAAUUUACAGAUAAAACUGAAUGUACUGUGCAUACAGAAGGACAUUACACCAAGGUGGGUGUAUGUGGAGGUUUGUGUAAAUGUUUUCACCAUGGCAUAUGAGGGCACAUUUUCCCCUCGCGUUUGAAGUGGUUUUGUUGUGUGAUUUGUUGUAAAGUGUUAUUGAAUGAACACUGGAAAUGGCCUCUACACAAGUUUUUCUGAAUACCGCUGACAGCGACAGAGGCGUGAUUGGAAUAGAAAAUAGCUUGACCAUAUAAAGCUAUCCCAAAAAUAGACCCUGACUGUAGAACAGGUGCCAUGUUGCCACUUGUGGAAGCAUGGGGGAGUCAUGAGGGGGCGUGCGCAUGAGGUAGGGUGUUUGGGACAAACCUGGGGUAAACACCCUUAAAAAAAUACAAACUUGCAUGUGUGUCCCAUCCAUAAAAACAUCAGAAAUUGUCUCUUGGUAAAAGUAGGGAAUGGUGUCAGGUACAGUAUAGGCUAUGAUAGACCCUUGUCCAUGGUACAAUUAUGAAAUUCAGCUGAGGAAGGGAAUGACUCAUCUCAAGCCUGGAAACUGAUUAAUGAUGAACGACACCCCACCCCCGCCCCCCGCCCCUCCCAACCCCCAGCCAGCCAUGUCCAUUCAAAUGGAGAGCCAUUUGCCAAUGUCUGGAGCUACCCCUAGCCAGGGUGUUACCUCUACUGUGCAACCUGCGGGCGGUGUUGACAAGGGGCCCCACACAGACCCUUCAGAAGAGUUCAACAGGCAACUGGAAGACAUCAUCAGCACAUACCAGACAGAGGCCAGCCCAAUGGAGCCCGAGCAGACUGAUGAGGGAUCACCUGGAGAGCAGGGCGGGGAUACCACAGUUAUCAAGGAGACUAGUACUAGCAAGGACAAGGACCAGAGGCUGGAGAAAAAGAUGCUCAAAAGCUUGGGGAAAGAGGCCAUGCUGUUGAUGCAGAGCUUGGCCAAGCUCAGUUCUCCAGAGGAAAAGCUGGAAGCCAUUAUCAAGAAGCAUGCUGAAUUGCUGGAGGAGCACAGGGCAGACCAGAAGCAGCUGAAGGUCAUGCAAAAGAAGCUGGUGCAGGUGAUGAGGGAAAAGGACCAGCUCCAGGGGGAACACAGUCGAGCGGUGCUAGCUCGCAGCAAGCUAGAGGGUCUGUGCAGGGAAUUACAGAGGCACAACAAGAACCUUAAGGAGGAAACUCUCCAGAGGUGCCGCGAAGAUGAUCUGAAGCGCAAGGAGAUCACCACUCACUUCCAGAGCACACUGACUGACAUCCAGGCCCAAAUCGAGGAGCACAGUGAACGCAACACCAAAUUGUGCAAGGAGAACAGUGACCUGGCUGAGAAGCUGAAGGACCUCAUUACUCAGUAUGACAAAAGAGAGGCGAACUUGGAAAAGGUCUUCAAACAUCAUGACUUAAAGCAGAAAUUAGCAGAGACCAAACUCGAGCAGGCUAACAUGCUUCUGAAGGACAGCGGAGAGAAACACAAGAUCGAGAAAGAGCAUCUGCUGAAGCAGUUAACAGAAUGGAAACUCCAGGCCAAACAUCUGAAGGAGCAGGAGGGAGAGAUGAAGGCACAGCUCAAUCUCUACUCUGAGAAGUUUGAUGAAUUCCAGGGUACUGUAUCCAAAAGCAACGGUGUGUAUGCCAGCUUCAAACAGGACAUGGAUAAGAUGGCAAAGAAGAUGAAGAAACUGGAGAAAGAAGCUAAUUCCUGGAAGUCACGGUUCGAGGGGUGUAACAAGACGCUCUUGGAUACGAUUGAAGAGAAAACGCUGAAAUGUAAAGAGUUUGAGGUCUUCACCAUGAAGACCCAGAAGCUGGAGAAGCUGUGCCGAGCCCUGCAAGAGGAGAGGAAGGACCUGCUGCUGAAUCUUCAGGGGGCCCAGGGCGCCAAACAGUUGGAUACAGAAGUCAAAGUAAAUGCACAGCAGACAGAGGCGAGAGUUGAGGAAAGGGUGUCCCAAGCAGAAACAUCCGCCAAGACACCCUUGACUGAAGAGCUGGCCAGUCUGAAAGCACAACAGGCCCGACUACAGGAGAUUGCUGCCUCAUUUGUGGUCUCCCAUGUGUUAAAGGAGGACCCAGAACCAAGUGAACAUGCUAAGUUCCAGCAGGUGCCCAAUAACACAACAGCCUGCAACAAUUCCCACCCAACAACCCCUGACCACAACCCAGUAGAAUUGAGCACCAGCCUUCCAACCCCUGCUGAGGAAAAUACAGGAAAUCUGAGAAUCAGUGACAUGGAAUCAGUCGACUAAAGCAAAUGUUAUUGUAGAAAUAAGUAUGCUUGUCAAGUUCACUGUGACCAACACAUUUAAGCAAAUGUUACCUUUUUCGUAUUGUUCUCACAUUUUUUGGAUUUCCUACUUUGUCAGCAAAGCCUAAAACAGUAUUUCCCUGAUCAGACAUAAAAGUUGCAAGGCAGAAGGAUUAAAUAGUUCCCCAAAUUAGUAAUCCAAAUAUUUCACCAGCAAUGAACAGAGACUGUGUUAAGUAAUCAGAAUGUGCAACAGGAUUACUCAUUGUCACUGUUCUAAUUUCUCAAAAGUAGCAAAUAAAGAUCAAUGCAAACUGUAUAA